CAUCGUGAGCAUGGUGUACACGCAGUCCGAGAUCCUGCAGAAGGAGGUGUACCUCUUCGAGCGCCUCGACUCCGCCAACAGGGAGGCGAUGAAGCACCUGAAGGCCAUCUGCUUCCUGCGGCCCACCAAGGAGAACGUGGAGUGCCUCAUUCAGGAGCUGCGGCGGCCGAAGUACAGCAUCUAUUUUAUUUAUUUCAGUAACGUGAUCAGUAAGAGCGAUGUCAAGUCAUUGGCUGAGGCUGAUGAACAGGAAGUUGUGGCUGAAGUUCAGGAGUUCUAUGGCGAUUACAUUGCAGUGAAUCCACACGUUUUUUCUCUCAACCUCUUGGGCUGCUGCCAGGGUCGCAACUGGGAUCCGGCUCAGCUGUCCAGGACAACUCAAGGGCUGACUGCUCUGCUUUUGUCUCUGAAGAAAUGCCCCAUGAUUCGGUACCAGCUCUCUUCUGAGUCAGCAAAGAGGCUUGCUGAAUGCGUGAAGCAAGUAAUCACUAAAGAGUAUGAGCUGUUUGACUUUCGGCGCACUGAGGUUCCUCCUUUACUUCUCAUUCUGGACCGGUCCGACGACGCCAUCACCCCACUUCUGAACCAGUGGACGUACCAGGCUAUGGUUCACGAAUUGCUGGGGAUUAACAACAACCGCAUCGACCUCUCUCGGGUACCGGGGAUAAGCAAGGAUCUCCGAGAGGUGGUCCUGUCUGCCGAGAACGACGAGUUCUACGCCAACAACAUGUACCUGAACUUUGCGGAGAUUGGCAGUAACAUCAAGAACCUUAUGGAGGAUUUCCAGAGGAGGAAACCUAAGGAGCAGCAGAAGCUGGAAUCCAUAGCAGAUAUGAAGGCAUUUGUGGAGAAUUACCCACAGUUCAAGAAGAUGUCGGGCACGGUAUCGAAGCAUGUGACAGUAGUGGGAGAGCUCUCUCGACUGGUUGGUGAGCGGAACCUGCUGGAGGUGUCUGAAGUGGAGCAGGAACUGGCCUGCCAGAAUGACCACUCCAGCGCUCUCCAGAACGUGCGUCGCCUCCUGCAGAACCCCAAGGUGACAGAGUUUGACGCUGCCCGGCUGGUGAUGCUUUAUGCCCUGCACUACGAGCGGCACAGCAGCAAUAGCCUGCCAGGGCUGAUGACAGAUCUCAAGAACAGGGGUGUGUCAGAGAAAUACCGAAAGCUCGUGUCUGCCGUUGUGGAAUAUGGAGGGAAACGGGUGCGGGGCAGUGACCUGUUCAGUCCCAAGGAUGCUGUAGCCAUCACCAAACAGUUCCUCAAAGGACUGAAGGGGGUUGAGAAUGUGUACACGCAACACCAGCCUCUCCUUCAAGAAACACUAGAUCAGCUCAUCAAAGGAAAACUCAAGGACAGCCAGUACCCCUACCUGGGUCCCAACACUCUCCGUGACAGGCCCCAAGAUAUUAUCGUGUUCAUCAUUGGAGGGGCAACUUACGAAGAGGCGCUGACUGUCUAUAACCUUAACCGCACCAACCCGGGGGUCCGGAUCGUCCUAGGUGGGACCACAAUCCACAACACAAAAAGCUUCCUCGAGGAAGUUACAGCUUCGGGGUUCCGUGGCCAAAGCACUGAGAGCUCUCAAGUUACGCCAAGGUCAAGCAGCAGACGGUGAAUCUUGGAGAAAUUGCUGUCUCGCCCAUCCGGAGCUUCCAUGAACUUGGCUUUGGAGCAGAACUGGACGUUCCUGCACUGCGCUGCUGUCGUAGCUUCCCCCAUCCAUGCCAGGAACCUUAAUGGGCACGAGAAGCAUCUGGGCAGUGAAUGCUGGAGUUGGCAUCUGCCCUGAUGAACCAGGACAUGCCCCAGACUGCAGCACCCUCAUUGUCUUCUCACAAACACAGCUCUGAACAGGACAUGGCUGCGUAAUUGGAAUUGUAACCUGCAGGAGAGCCUGGGAAAAAUGUGGCUACAGAAGCACCGAGUCUCUGCAGCUCUGCCGGCCUGUGGGAAAGAUGUGCUUUUAGUCGAUUUGUCAAAACACGCGAUAUGAGUCCCCUAAUGAACAUCUAAUGAUCCUGGCCCAGACUUUUGUGUGCAUCUCUGGAAGGUGAAGCUGAUGGGCACUAGAAGCCCUUUGCUUUGCUCAGUUGUCUGUAUAUUUUGAGUCCUAUUAAAUAACCCAUUUUGACUGAACCUCUUGUCUAUUAAAUGAUUCCUAAUAUCCCUUUCGUAAUGCCACUAAGGUGUAAUUACAUUCUUAAUCUUCUUUAUUAGCUUCUGUUUACCUUAAGAAACAAACACAACUCCAUGCCCCUGUUUUUGCUCCCAAGUUGUGAACUGGAAAAGUGUUGUGAUUUUUUUUUUAACAAUAAA